AUGAAAUACUUCUCAUUAACACUUGUAGUUGCACUUUUCCUUGGAUUAAUCACAUGCUAGCAGCACAUCCCCAAGAAAAUGGCACCAUACAUUUCAAAAAAAUUAAUGAAGAAGUUCGCUAAUCUUCGUCCUCCUUCAGGUUUAUCUUAAGUGCAUUGUUUCGCUUAUCCAGGUUGCUUUCCAGAAGAUAAAUAAAAUAUUUAUGGCUCUAUUUCUGAAUUACCAAAGGUUCAACAAGAAUUGAUUGCACCUUUUUAAAUCAACUACGGUUUAGGACCAGUUGUAUAUCCAUUCCCGGAUGUAUAGAUGAUUGAAAUCGGUGGAAUUGUCGGUCCAAGACGUGGAGAUUAUGGACUUUCAACUUCCUAUAGCAGAUAUCAACCAAAAGUUGAAUCUUUAAUGGAGGAAGUAGAUGAGUUGUAUGUUGACUCACCUUAUUGGAAUUCUAAAUGGGGAAUGGGCCCAGUAAUUGUUUAGGAACAACCGAAUGUUCAAAGAACUACUCACACUGAAAGCUAUAAUGAUAUCAAUAGUAUUAAGAGUCAUAAUCAUAAAGUCAAUAGCAAUCACGGAAAAGACAUUAAAAAUAAAGCUUCAAACUCAAUGAGAACUUUUAAUAGCUUACCUUAGUAUAAUGCAGAGCGUGUAAUUAAUCCUGAAAUAAUAAAGGAAAUAGAAAGAAGUUAAGUUUACUAUGGAUCAUAACAGUGA